AUGCUGUCUCUUACCACCUCUCUUUCUUUCCACCUCCCUCUUUCCACCUCUCUCUCUCUCUCCUUCCACCUCCCACUUUCCACCUCUCUCUCUUUCCACCUCCCUCUUUCCACCUCUCUCUCUUUCCACCUCUCUUUUUCCACCUCCCUCUUUCCACCUCUCUCUCUCUCUUUCCACCUCUCUCUCUCUCUCUUUCCACCUCCCUCUUUCCACCUCUCUCUCUUUCCACCUCCCUCUUUCCACCUCUCUUUCUCUCUCUUUCCACCUCCCUCUUUCCACCUCUCUCUCUUUCCACCUCCCUCUUUCCACCUCUCAUUUCUUUCCACCUCUCUCGUUACACCUUUCACUUUCCACCUUUCUCUUUCAAUUCUCUGUAUUUCCAUCUCUCUCUUUCCACUUCACCCUUUUUCCAUUUCUCUGUCUUUCCAUCUCCCUGUCUUUCGACCUCUCUUUUUCAAAUCUCUCUUUCCAUCUUUCUCUUUCCACCUCUCUCUUUCCACAACUUAUUCUUUUCACUUCUCUCUUAACACCUCUUUUUUUCCACCUCUCUCUUUCUACUUCACCGUCUUUCACCUCUCUCUUUCCAGCUCUCACUGUCCGCCUCUCUCUUUCCAACUCUCCCUCUUUCUCUGUAUUCGCAUGCUUGCUUAUUGA